GGCACAAAUGGCUUUCCAUAUAGAGCAAGGAAGACAUCUUGAACUGCACAGAGAGUUUUUUUGCGCCGCCGCUGGAAUUGCAGCAGCAGAGGAAUUAUUACCUCGGUGGCAAACAAAAAUUUGAUAAGCAAAUUCCUCAUGAAAAAUUACUCCUCUGCAUGUCUACUUUUGUUUUAAUAUUGUCACAUUUUUGUUAUCAACAUAAAAGUUAAAACAAAUGUUGAAAAUGAAAUGGGCUCUUGUCCUCCAUUGUGACAUUGACAUGACUGAGACUUCCUCAAGCGAUGUUCGUGCAGGCUCCACUUCACUACCGCUACGCUACGCUCCACCUACCCAAACAUCGAGCCCGUGAACUCGCUCUGAUAUUCCGAGUGACAAAGAUUAUCAAUGAACAGAGUAGAGAUUUGAAUUCAAAAUUCUCUAUGGAAGCAAUCAACAUGGAGAGCUCACUCGCUGGGGAGUUGAGUGCACUGCGGGACAGAGCCGAAGAUUUGAUGAAAAGAGCGGAUCUGUUGAAAGCCAAUGGGAACAUCGCAGGAAUCGGAAAAGUAAAGAAAAAGAUCCAGUCUGAAUUGACUUUCAUUAAAUCGCUCCAAGAAGGUAAGGUGCUUCCCAAGAAGAACCAACUCAAGAGCACCAACCUCAGUCACCUUGACGCUCUUCUCCACACGGUCGAGACCUUUGAUCAUGUGACCGCUGUCCUGCGCCCCGUCCACUACGAGACGGAGGAUGGAUACGUCAGCAGUCUGCUCGUGGAUGUCGUUGGCCACAAGGGGAAGUCGUGGGUCAAGAUCACGGCUCGGAAAGCAGAGGCGUUACACAGGAUAUGGGAAGGUGAAGGAGAGUAUGGUGAACAGAACAUUGUUCAGCAGGUGGCGCAGUAUCAGGACGCCUCUCGCCAGAACCUCAUAGACUUCUCUCCUCCGGCUGUUCACGUUGUCUUCUACUCUGGCAUCACGCAGGAAGUGUCCGCCGAGUUGUUUGAUCUUGGAGCUGUUGUACAUGGUCAUAUAUACCAGACUGAGGAAGAGAUGAAGAAUAUGAAACCAGACAUGCCAGUCUUUCAACAUGAGGAGGAAGAUAGUGAGCUACCUCCCAAGUCGGACUCAAUACCCCAAGCAGCUAACAUGGACGUGACGACGAUGAUAGCCCUGGUGUCCGACCUUUGCCAUGGAGGAAGUAGUUACUCCUUCAACGAACCCGUCAUAGAAGAACUCUCCCAACAAGAGAGGCAGAAACCAUUAUUACCAGAGUUAGAGAACUUUCUUAAGGAUAAAGAAUUAAUAGCAUGCGAGACGGCUAAACACGACUUCCAGGCGAUACUAGAGACGAUAGGAGGGUCACGAGAGAAGGAGAGAGCAGAGGAAUUAUUACAGAGGCUUCAUAUAGUCCCUGAUCAGCCUUCAAGUAGAACAUUAAUGUUGGCAUCCUCCAAUAGAAUAAAAGACAGAGCCAAGGUAAUAUUUGGAACAGGCGAUGCACUCAAGAUGAUAACCACCACGGCUAAUGAAGCCUUUGUAAGAGCAGCUUCCAAACAGGGCGUGGCUUUCUCCGUAUUCAUCCACCAAUCACGAGCCUUGACAGAGAAGAAACAGCAGAACCCAGCCAAAGCAUCCCCAUCUUCCUCUUCUAGUAAUUGCAACUCAUUAACCCACAGUAUACAACAUCCAUUGGGAUUGGACAAUAGCAAUAGCUACCCAUAAACCUGACCAAUCAUGGCUAGGGAUUCAAAAUGACAUUGGAAUGUCUUGUAGCAUGUGAGUGCAAGUGAGAGGUUAUACUUAUCUGUUGAUUUUCCGUACUAUUAUGAUUUAUUUAUUUAUUUGUAUUGUUAAGGCCACUAAUGAAAAGAAUGACAUAAUCAAAAGAGGGAAACAGAAAAAAAGAGGGCAAAAGGAAAUUUCUGGAUUUUUUAAGGGGACAAAAGUUAAGGCAAAAUUAUUGGAAAUCGCACACACAAAGUAGUCAGUAUUAUGACAAUCAUUGUUUUUGAAAAUUUCAUUAGGUAUUAUCUUCAGGAAAGACAAAAAAGUGUUUGGUUAGAUAUUAGUAUUUGUAUGAAAUCAAGACUAAUUGUGAUAACAGUUGUGAUAUAAACUGUUUGAAUUCACGGCAUGUAAGUCUUCAAUUUGCAUUUCACACGGCUAUAUACUCUCUCAUCGCACAAUGAUUUCAUGAAUAAUUCCAAGUAUCCUCUGAAUAUUGCUGUUUCUAUGAAGUAUAUAGAAGGGAAUUUUGAUUUGUUUCUUUGAAGCUACCAUAUAAACAAGGUAGAAAGAGGUGUAUUUCUUUUGACUUUUUCUUUGCAAAUUAUGAUAUCUAUUUGCAGAAAGGACAGUAUUCCAAAUGAUACAAGAGUUUUCCAAAAUCUAUACAAGGCUUGUAAUUUGGCAAGGAAUUUAUUAACUUUAUAUUGGUAAGAAGGGAAGUGCUAAUCUUUAUGAUUUCUUACAAAAAAUUGUCACAAUGUACAGAAAGAAAGUAUUGUCUGUCAAAGAUAUCAUAAAGAAACAUUAAAAAAAAAUCAAAUUAAUUAGUUUAUCUUACUUUCAAAAGGAUUGUCACAAUGUUCAGGAAAAAAAAGGAUUUUCUGUCAAAGAUAUUAAAAAAAACCCAAAUUUAUUACUUUAUCAUACUUUAAAAAAGGGUUUGAAAGAUUACAAAGUUCCACAAGAUGAACAGGUAUCAUUUUUUAAGAAGAUUUGUAUGGUGCAUCUCUAAUCUAUUACAAAUUUUGUGUGAAGUGAAUUUAAGGAGCGAAAUAUAGGGGCUGUUACACUUGAAUGCCUUAGUCAGCGUAUACCGAAGUACGUAGGCUAUGGCAUGCCGUUUCAUUCCCCUUUAAUGUAUUUAAUAUGCUUCUUUGGCCACAUUCUUCUUAAGGAUGCUUUAGAGACUUACUGGUGCUAUAGAAUGAAAGAGGACACGUGGACACCAGCGCUUGACAUUCCUCUCUUAGCUCAGUGAUGGUACUGGCAUACAGCCCAUUGAUCAUAAGCUGAUUCCGAGAAAGAGGGGAACAUUAUGAUGGGCAACGUCAGAUUCUGAUCUGCCACUUUGAUGAAUGGAAUUUUUAACAUUGAGAAUUGCUGACAACACAUUUACCGUGUUUACACUAAAUCGGCUUUUGCAUCGGCUUUUUCAUAGCGUGUAAACGCGAUUAACUUGCGGUUCAGAAUCGGCAAUUUGCACCACCAAAGUAGAAGGUUCUGAACCGCGAGCCGAUGCAGAAUCGGCUUUUUUACUACGUGUAAACAGAAAGCCAAUUCUGCAUCGGCAAUUGGUGCGCAUUUCAUUUUCUUUACCAUUGUGACGUAAUUGUAAGCGCACGGAUCCAGCGUUGUCGUUAUUAUGACGUAUAUUGUUGGUGUGCGUAUCAUUUCAGGUUUUUGCAUCGGCUCGCGGUUCUUAACCGCGAGCUAUUACAGCAUGUAAACGCAGUGCAAGAUAACCCAAAAGCCGAUUCUGCAUCGGCUUUUGGUUCUGAACCAAAAGCCGAUUAAGUGUAAACACGGUUGUUAAAAUGCAAUUUUGUUAUCCAGAAUGAAAUGCUUGAUAUGAGGAAAUGGAAUUCAAUGAAGAAAUGGGAUUCAAGGAGAAAAUGGCUGGCCACAAAUACAGUACAUCAGCAUACGCUAGCUGAAAGUUCAGAUGGGUGUAGCAUAAAUCUGUUUUUAAGUUAAGAGCGACUUGAUGAGCCACUGGUGAUCCUUUCCUGUGGUAAAUGAUACACACCAUAUGUUUAUCAGUGUUGAUCUUGUCUCUAAAAAAGGAUCACCAGUUGUUGGUAAAGUCAUUUGGAACUUACGAACAGCUUUAUGAACACCCACCAAGUGUGAAAGCCCCUUAAGCAAAAUGUCAUAUUGUCAAAAAAAUUGCAAAACAAAUUUCAGGAAGGAAAUAUUGUAAUACUCAUUCGUGAUACAAAAUAUUUUUUUUUUAACUAUAAACUUGAGAUUUUAAAGAGUUGAAAUAGAACUUGACCAUUCUUUGUUAUAUUCUGUGAAGUGAAAAAUGACAAGACUUUUUUCAUAUGCCAAAGAUAGGGAAAAAACCCAUAGAUGAGAGAUUACAAUUUGUAUAUAAUUUGCUUUUGGCAAGGUUAUUCACAUACACGAUAUUUGUGGUGCUUUUCUGGAGUAGCAAAAAGUGCUCAAUUGCUAUAAAAUUGUAACAUGAAUAUAUCAUAAACAAUUUGAUGUAAAAUUUACAAGGUGAAUAAGAGAUCUGCUUUUGUUGAUUUUUUCUAAUGCAAUUAUGUAACAUGCAGUUAUUUCAAUGUGUAAAGAGAUACGAGUAUGCUUUGUCGCUUGGUUUCGCCCAAGCUUCUAUAUGUUCUUUUCUGCAUGAAAUUAUUAUUUCACAAGUGUUUCUGAAGUUAAAGAUUUUUAUUGCACUGAGAGUCCAUCUAUUCACUUCUAUUAUUCAAGUUUCAUUUUAUUUUCAUGUGGAAUUAAAGGAUGAAUUCAAGCCAAAACCAAAUUUGAAGAGGGUGAAAAAAAUAACAGGAAGAUAUAUAUAGUGUUAUUGGAUGAAUAAGAUUGUACUUAUUAAUGUUACAUAAUAAGUAAGAAAGUAAGGACAUUUCAAACUUUUACACAAUGUUGUAAAGAGAUAAAAAGUGUAUAAUUAUCAUGUUAUUGAUGUGACCACAUAACUUUUUCCUUUUUAUGCAUUUCAUCCUGAGAAUGUGUGGAAAAUGAUCUUAUUUGGUGAUUUUAAGGAGGAUCGUGUACAGUUAUGUAAAAAAAUGGAAAAAGAAUCGAAGUUAAUACAGUUGUGCUCAAAAGUUAGUGAACCUCUACACAAAAUGCACUCCUUCAUGCCGAGUGUUGAAUGUAAUAAUAAUAACGGUAUAUUUACCCAGGGUACCCACUUCAGUUCCGAAAACUGUUCUCCCAGCGGGCCCUGCUAUUAUUUUUACCCGGCUAAGCUAGGCUACCGAUUCAGGUGCACACAGCUUUUUGAAGAAUUAUUUCCUGCCGGUACCCAUUUACCUCACCUGGGUUGAGUGCAGCACAGUAUGGAUAAAUUUCUUGCUGAAGAAAAACAUGCCUCGGCUAGGAUUCAAACCCAUGACCCUCUGUUUGAAAGGCGAGAGUCUGAACCACUAGACCACGACGCACCCCCAAGAAGACAACUACACUACAAUGUUCGAUGAGCCCAGAGAAACGAACUUUAUUGAAUGUAAUAUUUUAUCACCUGACUUCACAAUUAAAUAUCUAAAAACAUGGCAGAACUUGAACACUUUAAAUAUGUUCAUUUUCUGGUGUGGUUAACUAUCUUUUAAGCACAACUGUAAAUGUUUAUGGGGAUAGAUUCUCUAAUGUAUAUAAUUUCAUGAAAUUAUGCAAACUUUAAACUUCUGGACAUUAUAUUUUCAUCAGACUAGGGUGAAACUUCUAUUUUCUUGGGGAUAUUUCCCAAUCUUUUAACUCAACUUGCCAAGUGCAUCUCAAAGUGGAUUGGAAUGUAGAUGACCUUAAUGCACAUCAAUGUGUUGUUUAAAAAAUGUAUUAAACAAGAAAACAAUUUGUAAACCCAA